AUGAUUGCAGAAAUUUUGUUAGGUACAGCAUUAACGGCAUCAAUAGCAGCCCUUUCAUUCGUUAGCUUCAAAUUGUACAUCAAAUUAACCACUGGAAUUUGUCAGAGUCAAGUGUGCCUUGCAGGAAAAACUGCCAUUGUUACAGGAGCUAACACAGGAAUUGGUUAUGAAACAGCUUUAGACUUUGCAAAAAGAGGUGCCAGGGUAAUCUUGGCCUGUAGAGAUGAAACCAAAGCAAAGGAAGCUGUUGAUACUAUUAUCACUGAGACCCACAAUAAGAAUGUUGUUUACAGACUUGUUGAUUUAACAAGUUUUAACUCCGUUCGAAGGUUUGCCAAUGAUAUAAAUAAUAAUGAAGCAAGACUGGACAUCUUAGUAAACAAUGCAGGAGCUGGCAGGUUGGGUAAUAAAGUGACUGAAGAUGGCAUCUCAAUUCUUAUGCAGACCAACUAUUUUUCACACUUUUUACUCACUUAUUUGUUAAUAGAUCUAAUGAAGAAACAUCCAAGUAGAAUUGUUAAUGUAUCUGCCAUUGGGGCCAAACUAGGGCACAUAGAUUUUCAUAAACUUACAUCAUUUACAACAGAAGCUAAUCAGUACAUUACAUCAAAACUGUGCCAAAUAUUGUUUACCAUAGAGCUGGCUUCUAGGUUUCAAGGGACCAACAUAACAGCCUAUUCGUUACACCCUGGGGUUAUAAAGACAGAGAUAUUUAGGAAUAUUAGUCCAGUAUUUAGGUGGAUUAUUUUGUUUUUAAUCGAUACAUUCUUUAAGACUGCAUCAGAAGGAGCACAAACCCAAAUAUACUGUGCCAUAGCAAACGGGCUAGAAAAGCAUAAUGGCCAACAUUUUCAUGAUUGUAAAAUGGUGUCCAGGUACAAGAGUGCAAUUGAGCCAGGCUUGUCUAAGAAACUGUGGGAAGAAAGUGAAAGGAUUUGUAAAGUACAAGGAAUAGACACUAUUUAG